ACUGGCGUACCCCAGCAGACAUCGGUCACGACGCAUGCGCUGUGGGCAUAAUUGAGAUCAAGUCCGCGUUUGCUCCUCGACGCUUACCCUGUCGCUCGUUUACAGUCUCACAGGCAGCAGAGGGAUCACCUACAGGAGAAAGUAAAAAUGUCUGGUGUGGUAAUUGCACAGCCUGGUCAAAACAAACCAGCUGAAAUGGUGAUGAUGCAGGCGCCUGUUAAUGUAACCGUACCCGCUGGACUGCCACCCGGAUUGGCUUACCUGGCAAGCCUCGAUGAAAUUCGUAUUCAUCAGCAGCUGCAACUACUAGAAGUUAUUGUGGGAUGGGAAAGGAACAAUCGUUACUUUAUCUGCAACAACCAGGAGCAGCAGUUUAUGGCUGCAAAGGAAGAUACGGAUUGCCUGACUCGACAGUUCUGUGGAACAGCUCGUCCAUUUGUCAUUAACAUCACAGAUACUCAAGGGAUGCAACUUAUCCAGCUGCAUCGGCCGUUUCGAUGUCAAGGUUCAUGUUUGUGGUGCUGCUGUUUGCAGGAAAUGGACAUACAAUCACCACCUGGAAUCAGCAUUGGCCAGGUCAAAGAAGUCUGGACAUGUUGGAUUCCCAAAUACAAAAUCUAUGACAACAACAAUGUCUGUGUUUUCACUAUCGUUGGCGAAUGCUGCUAUUGCAAGUGUUGCACUGACGUUUUGUUCAGGGUUUUUGAGGGUGACAGUGAGGCUGAAGAAGUGGCUACAAUUGUGAAGCACUGGGGUGGCUGCCGGGAGAUGUUUGGAGCAGCUAAUGAUUUUUCAGUGCGACUGCCUCCUCAGAUGGACUUGAUGAAGAAGACACUUUUAUUUGGAUCAACUUUUCUGAUUGACUUCAACUACUUUGAGUACCGUGGCAACAACUGAACAAGUCCUUUUUUGCAGUGAUGGAACAUUGGAUUUAUGAAAAAACAUUGGCUUUUAUAAUUUAACUAAAUUUUCCCUAGGAAAAAUGUUGUAGUGAUACAUAUACUAAUCUAAAAUAUUGCUGUUUUAUAUCUCUAUCAAAUAAUGUUUUGCAUAUUUGAGAAAAGAUGUCUAGUACAUUUAUGCAUUUGUGUCUGUUAAUCCUCAGAAAUGUAUAGGUACUUUGGAAGAGACACCCUGGCCUUUGAGUAGAAAUCUUUGUCUUAUCACUCAAAUACACAUCUUGUCUCUUCCAAGAUCUGUUGUAAUAAAUUUUGUUUUCUUUUCUAAUCAUUCCUGUCCCUGUUCUUGGGUGUCUGUCACAGUGCUCUUCUCUCCUCUUAUUUCCUUCCCUCUUGCUCCUCACAAGAUGGGAACCCAAUAGUGGAAUUUAUAAAAUGGUCACUGGUUUUGUCCCUCACAAGAAAUUGUUUUGAUGUGCCUUUGUGGUUUGGAAACUGUCAUAUAAUGUGCGUAUUUGGCUUUUUAUUCUUAAUCUUCAAUGGCAGAAAGUCUACUUAUUCAAUGUAUGAAUAUUGGCUGAACUGGUUUCUGACUUCUACAUACCUAUUCUAUUUUUUCCAUCUCCAUUACAUAAAGAUUCAUAAUAAUGUAAAUCAGAUAAAUGUCUUGGUUAUUUAAUUUUUUAGUUUAGUUUAUUUCGUCGCCCCUUAGAUGGAGCAUAGAGCUGCAGCAACAUCUGGUGUUGAAGAUGUCGGUCUUACUGAUGAAGGAUAAUACUCACGAGUUCCAGAUGGGGUGUAGGCUGUUGAAAUGCCUGGCCUUGUUGAUGCGGCUUUUGAUGUCAUCAUCCGCUCCACCAUCUUUGUUGACAAUGGUCCCCAG